GGUCGGCUCGCCUAGCCCAGGGGGUGGUUUCGAGUGGUCCUUGGUUAUCCCCGCUACGCUCCGCCGACGUCGUUCCCGUCGCCCUCGUCGUCUACCUCGAUCAUCAGCGACCAUGCGCCGUAUCGUCGGGCAACAUGUCCGCCGGGAGUUCCGAGGGUUGAGCGAUGCAGCGGGAUAUUAUUACGCCGGAUUCUUUUACCCUGAAUCGAUUGACGUGACCGAACGUAUUUAUUGAAAACUUGAUUAAGUUCAUCCUUCGCAACAACAGUUAUAUUGCGUUUAGGUGAAUUGUGAUUGUGCCGUUUAUUGUGCUAGAUUUUCACCGAGGGGGUGUAUUGAUUUUGAUGUUCAAAGGCCCGCGGAGUGCUGGUUCUAGGGAGGCUUACACCAUCGGCUGUGGCGAAGAAACGAAUACGUGCAUCACAGAAUGAGCAAAAGAUCACCACGCUGGCUUACCACGGAUCUGUCUGCCCUUCAAGGCACUACGGAUGAUCUUUAGAAGGCAGAGGGCAUGAAGCACCGAACUCAUGCAGUGGCGAAAAUACGUACGAAUCAAGUACGGUGGUCGAGUUGGUGUCGGUGGUCCGGUUGGUCAAGGACAGCAAGGGCAGCAAGAGCAGCGACAGGUGCGCGUGGUCCAGCUGCAGCGGGAAGGAGGCCGAGGAUUCAACUACGUCUUUCAUCAGCCUUGUCAACCCCCGGAAGCUCAGCGCAGCUGCAGCGCUGCAGCCAUGCUGUGCUGUGGCCGCAGAAAGGAGGGGCGGGGGGAGGUAACAGACAUAAGUGCAAGUCCUGGACGGCAAGUCCCCGUCAACCAACUGCGUCCAAAGGAACCACCACCUAUGGUGAUUCAAGGAGAUUUCAGAAAGGUCAGUGGGAUAAGUACGGAGAUAUUCAAGCAGAUCGAAACUGUGGAGAACGAUCUCGAUGCAUCAACUGCUGCUGCGCUAGAGGCUGUGGAUCGGCGCGGAGAAAUGGUCGUUCGUGUCAUAGAGCCACGCCAAUUGGGUAGGCAGGCUUCGGAGGCUGCCAAAAAGUUUAUGGGAAUGCAGGAUUCAAAACAUCCGGUGCAUUUAGUAGAAAUUAUUAAAAGGCCUGGACAAACUUUGGGUCUUUAUAUACGGGAAGGCAAUGGAAUAGACAGAAACGAUGGUGUUUUCAUAUCAAGAAUUGCGCUGGAGUCUGCUGUUUACAACAGUGGAUGUUUAAAACAAAUUUUUCAGGUGGGUGACGAGAUUUUGGCAGUCAACUUGGUCAGUGUCUCGCACAUGGGUAUCGACGACGUAGUAAUUAUAAUGUCAAUACCUCGAAGAUUAAUCUUAGCGACGAGGCACGGACCUCAUCAGCCAGUAUCACACAGCCGUCAAAAUGAGCACAAAGCCCCUCCUGUUGUUGUUAUAAAACGAGAGCUCAAUGAAGAUGAGAGUGAUCAUGCCACAAGCAAUCAUAUUAGGGAUAGCAGUCGUCGACGAGGUGAUGGAAGAGAAAUGUUGCCAUCUCGAUCCAGGCUCGGCCUAACAGGUCUCGGUUCCAGUCAGGAUUUAGGAUCUAGUAACGGAGAUCUCUAUUAUAACUCUAGGCCCGAGAGUCAUUGGUCAUAUCAACCUCCUCCGCCACCUGUUAUCACUCAUCAACCAAAGCCAUCAACUACGCAGCAUUUCCAACCAUACGAACGUGGUUAUCCAAAAACUCUGGAAAGUCUGGCAGAAAAAGUACACUCAUUCUACACUGGACCUGUGAUGCCAUCGAAUAGUGGACGCCGUAUGUCAACGGGUGGCGGAAUGCAAUCAGUUGCCGGCAGAUUGUCAGGGCAAAAUCAAACUGGUCAUUACGGAUUUGCACAACAUACUACUAGUGGCAGAAUCAUGCCUCGCAGCGGAUCCGAUCAACAUUUGCCUCGUGUUGAUUACACAAGCAUAACUACACCUGCUCGUCAUACCUUACUGAGAUCUAGUCUGAAAUCUGGGUCUUCGACACUUCGUUACAACUCACGCUACAGUACCCAAAAUGAUACUGGAUCAUCUUCGCAAAGGCAGGGACAAUUCGGCACCUUGACCAGAAGACAUAGACCUUCUCUGGAUUACGCUUCUGAUACAGAAGCGACAUGCUCUAGUUCACCUAGGUCGGCAUAUUAUCACUACAGGCACAAUUUGAAUAACCCUUCACAGAGCAGUGCUGUAUCUCACUUAGCUACACUCUCCAGAUCUCAGAUCGGGCAAAGUUCCUCAGGGUUACGGUCUAAUUCUUUACCAAGAAGUGGCAGAACAUUACCGCAACAGCCAGGCGUUCGAACUGGACUUAGUACCGUUACAUCUGGUCUUAUAGAUCAAGAAGAUAGCGAUGGUGCUUUGUCAGCUCCUGAACUGCCUUCUAUUAAACGUGAUCGAGGGAGAAUACCAUCAUCUCCGAGUGUAUUUACGUCAGAUGAGUACAGAGCAUGGUUGAGCCGUACUCCAAGCACUAGUGCACUUUAUGAGCAGAUCAGGGCUACCACCAAUAGACCUCCACGUUACACAUACAGUGCUGAAAAUAUCCAUGCUGCUGCUAAUCAGGCUGAGUAUGGUGGCUAUGGCUCUUAUCGGCCAAUGUCCAGCACAUUGGAUCGGCUAUCGACAAGGUCUGCGUCUGCUCAACAAGUAAAUCUGGCAAAUUUGCGAGCUUCGACGGCUAUCAGUUCAUCCUGUCAUCGAACAUCAUCAAACCCACGGCCAGCAUCUGUAGCUUCCAAUACUCGAUCAUCUUUGUCUAAUACAAAGACUGCUUUAACUAACUCAGCAAGUCAAAGAGCCAGUUCUGUUAGGAGAAUUAGGAAUUUGUUAGAUCUAGAGUCUACGAGAAAUAUACCAAAUCCUACUCCAACUAGAACUCAAGAUCAAAGACUGCUAGAUAUAAACCCUGCAGAGUUCCUCAAGUAUAAAAUAGAAAAGCCACCAACAGUAGGAACCCCUAGUUCCACCAGCUCUUUAUUGAGUUCCCUUGGUGAGGGAAGUGCUGGAGGGGAUCUAGCAAGUGGUGUCAGUGGACUACUUUGGGUCCACUUGUUAGCAGGCCGUGGUCUACGAUCUACCACUUCAUCCUCGGCAGCUACUACCCCAUCAACACCAUCCGGACAACCCAGCCUUGGUAGUUGCGGUUUGAGAGAUCUGUACUGUGUAUUGGAGUGUGAUCGUGUUCACAAAGCUCGCACUGUUGUGCGUACGGGGGAUCUGAUGUUUGACUGGGAUGAAACAUUUGAGUUGGAUUUGGUUGGCAAUCGCCAAUUGGACUUACUGGUUUAUUCGUGGGAUCCUCAGCAUAGACACAAAUUAUGUUACAAGGGAUCAGUACAUUUAGCAACUCUGUUGAAAGAAUCUCCACUUCAUCAAUUGGCACUGAAGGUCGAGCCACGUGGUACUCUUUAUUUACGCCUUCGAUACACUGAUGCUCACCAAACUUUUAAGCGGCGUGGACUUCCAGUCUUAUCUCUUGCAACAAGAGUAGCUCCACUAUUUGGAGUUGAUUUAGAUACCGUGGUGAGCCGGGAAAGCAAAACCGGAGGUGUUCCCGGUGGAGUCUCGACAGCUUUGGCAAUGUCAGGUACCCAGAAUGUUCCUAUUAUCGUAUGGCGCUGUGUUGAAGAAGUCGAAAGGCGGGGACUUGAUAUAAUUGGCCUAUAUCGAUUAUGUGGAUCUGCAACAAAGAAAAGAAUACUGCGUGAGGCAUUUGAGCGCAAUGCAAGAUCCGUUGACCUUUCACCGGAUAAUGUCCCUGACAUCAAUGUUAUAACAGGAGUUUUGAAAGACUAUCUGAGGGAACUGCCAGAACCAUUGUUUACAAAGUGCCUCUAUCAAAUGAUGGUUGAUGCACUUGCUGUUUGCCUACCCGACGAUCCACAGGGUAAUGCUAAACUUAUGUUCAGCAUACUAGAUUGUUUACCAAAAGUCAAUAGGUGCACGCUGAUAUAUUUAUUGGAUCACUUGGCAAUGGUUGUAUCGCAAUGUAACAAGAUGUCUCCAGCAAGUUUGGCAGUUUGUUUCGGUCCAGUAUUGAUGCUUCAUUCGGAAGAUAAUGCACCCCCCUUGGACUUCCAACAACCAAUUGCAGUUCUUAAGUAUCUCCUUGAAAUAUGGCCUGUGAAGUCAGUUCGGAAGAUUUCUUCAGCCGCUUCAACGCUAACUCGAGCUAUGCCACAAGUCGGUCACAGCAAUCAGUCGGGUCAGUCGGCACAGGGCACAUUGGGUCGCACCGGGCUGCCUUGGCAGCAGCAACCCUCACAUCAUCAUCCGCCCCCCAGUACAACACCCGUAACGCUUUCAACCUCCACUCGACCUCCACCACCAAUCAAGCCGCGACAGGUGAUAGUCUCAUCCCCCGGUUCGCCUAGCAGCGAAGAAUCAGCUUCUCCGGAACCAGUUAACAAAGGACUUGGCGGGUUGGGCUUCGCUAGUAGUGAAACGACUGAACAAAUAACGCCCACUAGUAGCGUGGAUACAGAGGAAGGAAAUCCUGCACACCCAGAGGAAGGAGAGCGUGGUGUAGAAGGUGAUGCGGAAGCGAGUGACGACGAUGUAUCAAAAAUGCGUUAAAUGAUGCUGCUUCGUAACGUGUACAAAAUGGAAAGUCAAUUGUGAAGCUGCGCUAAGUGAGUAUCGAGAUGGAUAUUCUUUCAAUGAAACGCUAUAAGAAACAGUUCUUUUAUCAAAGAAUACAUUGUUAUAUAAAUUUUUAAAUAUUAUGAAUAGGAUUACCAUUCGUUAUGAGUCCGCGUUACCAUUUGGUCAAAUUUGAAAAUAGUCUUCAAAUCGCCUCUGUUACAAAACUUUAUCCUGAUUACUCAGUCUCCUAAUCUAAUACUGCGUAUGAGAACAAUAGUGAACGUGGUUUUUUUUGUUCCAUCUUCACACAUUAUCAAUCAAUACAAAUCGAAAUAAGCGACAUUAAAAAAAGUUCAUUUGUAAUUAAAUCCACUACUAUUUACAUAUUGGUUACGAAAAGGUCGAUUUAUACAAUAUACUAUACAUAUAUAGAAAUAUCACGAUAUACAUGUGCUUUUGAUAAAGACUAUUAUUCAUAUAGCGUUAGCUAGACCUACGUACGCAACUAUUUAUAAUGAAUAAUAAUAAUAAUAAUGAAUAACGAUUAAAUAAUAAUAUGGAAUAUAAAUUCACAAUAUUGUAUAUGUGACAAUAGAAACCAUGGAACUCACCAAAUGAUAAUAAUUACAAGUUACGAAACACUAACUUUUAACCAUUAAUAGCCAGUAUUAUCAUAUGUUUCUUUGCCCAUUGCAUCCUGUGAGAAUAUAGACACGUAUGGAUGGGUCAGAGAUUCUAAAGAAAAAACUAUUAAGUAAAAUAAAUAGACAAAUGCAUAACCAAAGUGACAAAGCCAUAGCUUUGCAAAUAUACCAAUAUUUGUAAAAUACACUUUCGCACAGUUAGACGUAUUGUGAAAAAAAUAUUUAAUCUAGGUCGAUACAUUAUAUGACGAUUACAAUGAACCAUAAACGUAUCUAAUGCCGUGUCUUGGCCUGCCCAAAGAGCAUGUUUUAGUACACUUAAAUUUAUUCGGAGUAAUAACAACGUACACAAGAUAUCUCUCAGUUCGCAGAGGUCUUGAGCCUCUGUACACGAAAACUGGAGGUAUAAGAGCUUGCAUACCAUUAAUCUUUUAUGUACUCUUAUUGCAUAUCAGCCAUUUACAGACGAUAUUUGCAAGAGUACAUAUUAGAAUUUGAAGGAUAAGAAUAUGUACAAGAUAACCUGGAGUAAAAUUUUUCCAAGUAUAACUCCAGGAUUCUGUGCGUUGGGAUGAGAGAUGUGAUAGUCAUCAAAGCUUCUCUUUGAUCAUUUCAUUUAGGUUCUUUUCGAAAUACAUCAAAAAGCCUCCAUACAGGCUGACGUGUGCUUCUUAAUUCAAAUGACACGGCUACGACAUCUUUUUCUAUUUUUUCAAUAAACAUUUUCUUUAUACAGAUUUUUCUGAGCCCAAAUUUUAUUGUACAAAAAAUUGGAACGAAGUCCUUCUGCAGGAAAUGAUCAUCAUCGUCUUUGUAUUCCGAUUUAAUCUAGUACUAACUUAACACAAUGGACCAUGUUUAUCAUACUGAAAUGUUUCUAAAAGUAUUUUUCUUUUUCUUCAUUUAUUCAGGUCAGUCACGUAAUGACUGUCAAUAAAUCACAGUCUCUUUUACACGUGUACAUAUAUUAGUUGAUUAUUGCCUAUUGCACGUUAAAUCGUUAUAUUUUAAUUCUUGCGCCGAAACGCUGGAUUGUAUCUGUUUACUAAAAAAAAAAAUUAUAAUAAUAAUAAAAAUAAUAAUAAAAUAACAAAAAUUGCUAAAGCCACGUGAGGAAAUUCCUCUCAGAACCAAGUAAUUAUAAUCAUAAUCAGCUACUUAUUUAAAUGCGUUGCUGACAAUGAGUGUCUAAUUUUUUGCAAUGUAAUUUAUCGAAAGUGAUUUAUUUUUACCAUUAUACAUAAUCAAAUAUGAAUCAAGUAUUAAAAAUAUCAAACUAGUAAAUUAUAAAAUACAAAUAGUGUUUACUUUACGAAAUUGCUAUUUGAUUGAUUGAAAUGACUGCGAUAAGAUUGUCGAAAAAUAAUAAUGCACAGCAAUUUCGUUUGUAUUUCGUACGAGUACAAAUGACAUUCAUUUCUAGCUAUGGUUUGCAAUUGUAACUGCAAUUUGGUUCUGAAGGAGCUGCGAUUAUCAGAAAAUUGUUAUGUGUUUUAAAAUGCAUUGAAGUAUUUAUACAAUAAUUGUAAGUAUGUUGAACUUUCAUUUCUAUUUUAUACAAAUUAUUCGUUUGCUAUCAUUCUAAUAAUUCAUUCAUUGGAUCAUGCCAUGAGUUAUAAUAAGAACUGUUACAUGUUUUGCUCCAAGAAAGAUAUUGCACAUAUUAUUUGACAGGGUAUCCAAAGAGAAUAAGAUAUCUAGGAUCCAGUUCAAAAUAUUAUAGGUGUGUUCAUAAAUUGAAGUAAUGUCAACUUUUGCCUCAUACGAUAGUUGGACUACCCUGUAUUCGAUGUUACUUCAUAGUACUGAAAUACCCAUGUUCAUAUUGGUCAUUUUACACUAUUUUCAUGUCAAUACGUCACAUCACUAUGCUAUAUGUUAUAAUGUAAUUGUUGAAUCAAAAUCUGGAAGAUAGAAGUAUUAUAUGUAUACAAUAUAUUGUAGUCAUAAUUGUCAUUAAUUCACAUAAAAUAAUCAUGAAGUAAUAUGUUGAAAAGUAGUAGUUGUAAAUCAAUUAAUUGUUACUUGUACUAUUUGCAACAUAUAAUACUAUUUUAUAUCGUGUGAUAAUUGCCUAAUACAUACAUAUACAUACCUAUAAUAUGUCAAAUUCCUGGCUUUGAAUUCUUGGAAACCAUUCAAAGCUAGAUUUAUUGUAUCGUAUACUGACGUAUUGCCAUGGAAACGCCCACGUCUUCACAGUUACACCUGUCACACGAGUCAUUGUGUAGGAUAAUUUCAACAAUAAUUGAAGCAUAUAGGUAAUUGAAAAUGCUGGAUAGUAAAUGUUUAUGGGCCUGCGAAUAUCCUCGUUAUUAUUUUGGCACCAACCCAUCAUUUAAUUAAUAUGCAUUCCAUUUUUAUAUGUUUUUCAUUAUCUAUUUUGAAGUAAAAAUUACUGACAUUUAUUCGAUACUUUCUUUUGUAUCUAGCACUGUUAAUAAGUAAACUUCCAAUUACCCAUGUGAUUGGGGAUUGCUAAGUAAAUGUAAAUGGAACUCUAUGUACAUAUUGACCCGUUGCAACAAUAAGUUAUCAUUAAAGGCUAAAAACUUUUAUAGUUAUUUGAAGACAAAACGUACAUACAUACACACAUGCAUACGAAUAUGUAUAAAAUUUUUGAUCACAGUUGUUUAAUCAUGUAAAUAUUUUUACAGACCAUAGGUCUGUGUUGAAUCUCAAUUUUUUUAAACUAAUCUUCCCUAAUAACUCCAAACACAUAUCUUUGAAUUACUCAUCUUUGUAUUAAAUUAUCAUCAUAUUAUAUACUGUAGUACGUAUUACGAUGUAUCAAAUAAAUUGUAAGAUAUGUAUUUUGCAUAUUACGGUACCCCAGUUGCAAGUAAUGAUAAAUGAAAUAUUUCAAAUGAUAUGAAGCUGGUGAUGUGUAUGCAUGAGAGAAAAUUUGCAAUUUAACCAAGUACCUUACAGUUAUUUUAGUUUUCUUAUAUUACAAUUAUUCUAAAACUACACAAAGUUUUUAUCUAAUUAUAUCUGUCCUCGCGAAUUUUUUCAUACUUUCAUUAAAUUGUAUUGCAGUUUGGAUCAAUCAUUUCAAUUGGAACAGUUGCAAUAACCAAUCAAAUAAAUUCGUAUCAGAAGUAAUUCUGAUAUACUGUGGAAUACAAAAAAAUUUUAAAUUCAAUAAUUAAUCAGGAAGUUUAGAUAUGGUAUAGUCUGAUUGCAUCUGUAUUAUUGCAGUCUCAAGAUUGUUAUAAUACAUUAUGUCAAGCUCAGGGUGAAGUAUUAACUGUCUUAUGUAAUAACAUCGUUUCGCUGCAUAAGUGAAAGAUGGCAUAAAUAUAUUAUGUAUUCAAUCUCAUUCACCUAUUGUAAAAAUAUUUGGCCUUCAAAUGGGGUAUUUUUUCAAUCAAAGCAUUGUACUUUCCGGAGUGCAAAAAUGAAUAGAAUUGUGAUCGACACUGCAUUUGAAAUAUUUAAUAAAAAUGAUUAUAACAUUACUCAUCUAACAUAUCAAACAGAUCAUUAGAGUUUUUUUUGUUUGAAAAAAAAAUUAAAAUGAAAUGCGCAUCCUUGAUCAAAUCCGUGUCCCUGGUUUUCACAACGUCAGAAAUUAAUCAUGUGGGUACAUAUUGUUGGUUGUAAUAUUUCAAUCAUCUUGCAACUAAAGCAAAAAAUUUUUGCUCUAUACGAUAUUACACGGUCCUGUCAUUGGAAACUGACCCUGGUUUUAAAUUCCCACGUAUUAUUUCUACUUAAACAUGAUAAAAUAUGUAUAUAUACAGUAUAUUACUAUAUACAAUACAAUUACAGAAUACUUUUGUGUUGCAGAUAUUUUAAAAUUCUCGCAAAUUGCGUGAAUAUUCAAAAUUUCCAACGAACUCAAAAUAAUAAUAGCAAAUGACACAAAGUGAAGUUAGAGGUAUCUAAUAAUUCUGUAAAAUAAGUUGACUUUGAAAAAAGUUUAUAAUAGUUGGAAUGAUGAAUAUUUGAACAUUUUUCUUAAACCACAAUGAACUGAAAGGCUUAAAUAUAUUUGGUUGUAAACAUAUCUGUUUAGGAUCUUCUAAUUUUAUAUAUAGCAUACCUCGUGGGCGUUACGUACAACACAAAUACAUGUAGUAAUAAUUAGAGAAUAUUCUUACAUUUAAUAGGAAAAGUAUGAGCGUAUGUUUUACACACAACAUUGCAUGAAAUGAAGUCAUUUAUUAAUUGUGAAUCAUAAUCUCAUACGCUAUUUUACAGCUUGGAUCAUUCGAACAGAAGAAUAAAUAUUUUUUUGUAAGCUUGUAGAGAAAAUUGUUAAUUUCAGGUUUCCACCACGUGAGUUACAACGUACAUAAAGCAGCGGCAAAUUUAAAAACUGUUAUUUAUUGAAUCACUCGGGUGCCACACAACAGAAUAUUGACUGAUUUUUUCAAUUUAACAAAAAGAAAAUGCGAACAUUUCAUGAAAAAAAUUGUUCUUGAUGAAAUAAGUGUUUUCAUUUACGUUGAUAAUAUUCGAAUGAUUUCAGAGUUAUGGGACCUCUACGUUUUUGUCUGAUUGAACAUUUCCUUCAAAUGGGUGCAAAUUUUGCGUUGGCUGUAACAUUAUCCAUAAAAAUUGACUGUAUUAUAAUUAGCUAGGCUGAGGUUUGUUUGAAAUAUUAAGAAUUUAACUGUCAUACUUAUAUGCCAGAGAAUUGUUAUCAAUGUUACUUCAUUUACAACUUAUUAGUCAUUUUUUACAAUGCCUUAUUGCAUCGGGUGCAAUAAAUACACGAGAAAGCAAUACCACGCAUACUCGAGCAAAUAUAAAAUUUUAUAGUGUAAUUAUACUUUGCCGCUACUUUAAUUCAACGUUUAAAUAGUAUAAAUACUUAGGAAUCUAAAUAUCUCCUAUGAGUGUGACCGACAGCAUUAUAUCAUGUGCUUUACAUCUGUUAUAUAUAUCUAUUAAACAACAAUUACGAAAAUAUAGCUACGGCUCUACUAUUAUAGUAUUAACUUCAUAGGCAGAAUUGUAUUAUAAUAAAUUAUCGAUCGUUAUAAAACACAAAUUAAGAAGUAGACCAUCUGAAACAACUUUCUUUUCUCGAGUAUAGUAUUGAUAAAAUUUAGAUCAUUCUGUAAAAAUGAAAAAACGAAAAAAUGAAAUGGUUUGAACAUAGUUUGAACAUAAAGUUCCAAAAAAGGUCAUAAUCACCAUGGGCAUAACUAAACGAGAAAUGAAGAGUGAAUAUAUUGCGAUUGUUACAGGCAAUGAAAGAGAGAAAUUAUUUCGCAGUAUCAAAAAAUAUUACCGAUGCUGUAGAUGUGAGCAUUACGAAAGAUUAGUUAAUAUAUAUUACCGAAUGCUUUAUGCAUAAUAAAUCGAUUAAAGUACACAACUAGGUAAACAGCGCAAUUUAAUUGCAAGUAGAUCGCAUAUAGGAUUGAUUGAGAACGAUAAAUAUAAAUAUAUGUAACAAUGUACCACGAACAAAUAUAUCUAUCAGUAUUUACACUUAUAAAAUAUUAUUGAAUAAGACGUAUGUAACUUGUAACAGAUAUGACGUUGUAGCUACUAUUGUAGAAUAGAGUAAUCCAGAAAAAAGUACAUGCGAUAGUGCGGUGAUUACUGAUUCACAAACAAGUAUCACUAUAAAGAAUAUGUAGGAAGCUAUUAAGGAUUACGAUGUAGUUAUUAAGAAGUGGAAUUUUAAAGAUAGAACUACUGUUAUUUUGUUGAUUGUUUUCAUAGAUAUUUUAUUGAAUAUCAGUGGCUCGCGCGUAAGUUAAAUACUUUUGAGUAAUUUGUACGAACAUCCAUCAGCAUAAAUUACGUGGUAUUGAAUAUUAAAUAAUUCUAUACUCGGAUUACAAAAUUAACAAAAUUUGGGACUUUCUUAAUUGUUUCUGAACUAACAUUCUGUCAAUUUUCAGAAAUCAGAUAUUCGGUAUGAAACACAGCGGCACACAAACAUCAUUAUUGUGCAAAGUUGUAAAGUUUGACAUUACAAAAACUUUCUACAUCAAUCUACAAGAGUUCAGUACCCGAUACGUUGCAAGCUAUGACUGAGAAACCUAACUCCGCAAUAGGGUGAUUAACUUAUGUACAUAUAAGAAAAGGGUGCAUGAUGUUGAAUAUGGUCAGAGUGUUCAAAAUAGCACGUGAAACUUUUAGGGCUGAAUUUCGUGUUAUGUUCCUCCCCAUGCGUAUUAAAACCAUUGAAAUAUUGUACUCGGCAAAUUGUUGUAGCGAGUACUGGUAUUUUUCUAAGUUGCAAAAUAUAAUGGAUUAAAGACGUUGCAUUAUCGUUAUUAGAGUAUAUAUGGAUAUUUUUAAUAGGAAAUAAUGUUAUAAUAUUAUAUAUGGUUUGCAGUUUUUAACUACACUGUCGCAUGUCACACUGUAGAAAUGUACUAAUUUAUUUGGAGAAACCUUGUACAGCAUCUAUGAUGCAUUAAUUAACAAAAUGUCAUAAGAUUUGCUUGAUGAGUGACAGGUUUGGCAAACAUUGCUACAUAAAAACUAUAGUAGCAUGGGCUAUAAAUGUGUGGAUAAACAAAAAUAGGAAAAAGUUCAUUUAAGAAGUCACUUCACCAAAACAAUGUCAUAUAAUAUGCUGCCAUACAUAUAAAUAUAUGUCUAAAAUAAGGAAUAUAUGAGUAAUAUAUUACGAAUAAAA